UUAUAUUGUCAUUUUGAUAAGUUUAGUGCUCGAUGUGAAGAUGGCCUGCAAUCUGCUCUGGACACUUGACUUGAUUUUGUUUUUUGCUGUCCUCACGGGGAUGACAAAAGGAAAUGAUGUGACUAAUCCCAAGACGACAGUUUAUUAUGAAGACACUGUCUACUUCAACUGUCAGAAAAACCAAAGUGGAGCCCCCCUGCCACAAAAUUCUAAUGUCAUCCAUUCCCUGACAAUAACAAAUACCAAACCAAAGGAAAGUGUGAAGUACUCCUGUUCAGACCAAGGAGUACAGAUCACACCCACGGCACUGACAAUAAUAAAAAGAAGACGUAAAGUUCUGCUGACAGUCUCCCAAAAUACCAGCCCAGUGAUGCUCAACUGUUCCAUAGAGGAUUUUGAAGGCCAAUAUGUGGUGCACCAUAACAGUGAUGUUAAUGAGAUGUUAAUAUGGAGGUCAUCCCACACAAUCACUGUGCAUGAAGGUGGAGUCUACUCAUGCUAUGGCUGGAAUGGACUGGUGAAGACUGAAAAGAGCAAUUCUGUCAUCAUUUCAGAAUUUUCAGACUGUAAGUCUUCAUAUGUGGCGCUAUACAUGGCUAUUGGGAUCUUGUCACUAGUUCUGUUUCUAGUGCUGCUAUACUUUAUAAAAGUCAAAUGCUUUGACAGGAAAAUAACACCAGAAAGCAUGAUAAGUGAUGAGACUCACGCAUACGUCAUCAUGCAUCCUCUGUUUGUGAGAGGAUAUAUGGCAAAAUGAAGAAAGUUAUGCCACGCCACGUUAUACCACAUUUUUAUAUGUUAAAUUAUUAUUACAAUGUCACUGACUACCUAUGUAUUUUGUUACUUUAUUGUGUAUUUUCUAUCAGCUUUAAAGUUAAUUGACUACAGAAGGCAAAAGUCUGCCCAGUUUAGAUAAACCAGGAAUACCCCCAAGUUUUGGAGAUGCUCUGAACCAGUCUUCAAACCAUACAUGUGUCCCUUAUCAAUAAAAAGUGAAAGGACCUGUAUUUUUAAAUUGUAAAACGUGUGGUGAAUAAGAUGCGUGUAUGUUUUUAUUGAGAGAUGCAAGUGCUUUUAUAAUGUGCUAUUGUGUGAUUUCAUUGUUGUGUAUUGAUUGUGUUGACUGUUAACUUGGCCACAUCUCUGUUGAAAGAGAAUCAGAAUCACAAAAUAUAAAAACAAAUAUAAAUUAAUUAAUAAAAUAAAAUCUUAUGAAGAGCCAAUUUCAUCCAGUCUAAGUGCUGUGUGAGAACCAUGCCUUCACAACUACAUACAACUAUCUUUGACUAAAAUUGGGUACAUGGCUUAAUAUAUGUCUCAUUAUCUUAACUAGCUGCAAUAUAAAAUCAUACAAUGGGCUAUUUAUGCAUCUAUCUGUGCCCAUAAUAUUGAAUUUUAUCGAUUUGUUUAUGCAUUAUUUCAUUUUCUACAACCCUCUUUAUUUAUUUCAGUCCACUUAAGAGUUUCAUAGUCAUCUA